AUGGAGGCUCCAAGAAAUCGAAAGCAGCGUCGUGCUGCCGCUGCAGCAGCUUCCGAGGAGCUCGACAUCCCCCUCGCCCUUCCGGAACGCCAUGAUCCCAAAAAGAAGAGCAACGAGCCGACAUUAUAUGACAUCAUUGAGAAGCGCCAAAAUGAGCUCCUCAGACAACAAGAAAGCUUGGGGAAAAUGCCGGGGCCAUCACUAGGCAAAGGAUUACCCUCGGAACCAACAGGUACUCGAUACGUGACUGUCGACGCGUCGGGGAAUCUGGUGGACACCGACGGCAAAGUUGACGGCCAAAUCCCUAUGAACAUGGGCACACAGAAAACCAAACCAGGCCGCAAAGAACGGUCAAAAGACAAUGACGACGAUUCCGAACUCGAAAUAGACAAGCCAUUGCCGCCUUUACUCGAUACCAUCCUCCUCGCUAUUCCUCUCACGACCCUCCACCUCACGCUCGCCUACCUCGCCGCACACCAGUACGCCGAAGCCACCAACAUCCCUGCCCUCCUCAAAGAAUCGGUCUUCAUCACUUUCCCCCUCCUCACUUUCCUCGUCCACUUCGUUCAUGGCCACAUUGUCUCUUUCAAACUACAUAGUAGCCUGGGCUUCCUCGCGACGCAGCCAGUCUCGGUUCUCCCGCUGACACGCGACAAACUCACAUUCUCCUUCCUCCGGCGGCUGCUCUUCCCACCGUCUCUACGGACCAUUAUUUUGCUUCCUAUCUCAGUAUUACUGGGAGCUCAUCUCAUCACUGUUACAAAUGGAGAGCCAUACUACGCUGUUAUGAAGAAGGCGCCCGCUUAUGGCACUAUAUGGAUCUGGUGUAUUUUGGAGAUGUCUUUUGGACCGGCAGUUCUUGGAGCAUUGGGUCCGUUGAUCUGGGGUGUCUAUUAUAUGGGGUAUGGCAUUUUUUUGAAAGCAUAUCCCUAUAGGGGAUGA